AUUCAUUAGUUUUAUUUUCAUAAUCUUAUAUUUUAUCCUUUGUUAUUUAUUUGUAAUACAGUUAAAACUAUGUUCAUAUAAUACAGUAUAAACUAUGUUCUACUAGACAUAAUAACGCCAGAAUAUUACUGUUCAAACCAGAAUAAUACUGUCAAAAAUUGUAAACUUAUAAUUAUAUUCAUAUUUUCCGACACAAUUUUAGAAAUAAAUUACUCAAUAAAAUGAAGUUUCAGCUGCCAAAAUUCUUCUUCGAUCCCUCAAACCCCGUGGGAUAUGUAGUAAAGGUAGUGUUGGAGUUCGUUAAUGGUAGUACGCGUCUGGUUCGAAAGUGCACAAAGCCUGACCGUAAGGAGUAUAUGAGGAUUUUAAAUGCCUGUGCCGUUGGAUUUUUCGUGAUGGGAUUCAUUGGCUACUUUGUAAAGUUACUCUUCAUUCCAGUCAAUAAUAUCCUCGUUGCCGCUCCCAAAUAACCAAAACCCACAUUUUAUAACUUUUUAAAAUUUUAACCUUCACUCUUAUACCGUUCAUG